AUGAAAUCAGCUGUUUGGGGCCUCUCAAGGUGUCCAUGUAAGAGAGUUUCUCCACUUGCCACGUCACCAGCUUACUUAAAACAACGUAACGUCACUUGCAUGAAUGUCAAAACGGAUCGGGCCUUUGUGAUAAGCCCAUAUUUCUUAGCCUACAGACUCAUCCCAAUUACGCUUGAAUCGAUUCAUAUUCUUCGUCGUCGUCUUCUUCUUCGAUCUCUUCUUCCUCCUCCUUCAAUCGAUUCGUAUCUUAUCGAGAUCGUUGUCACUCGGGAGAUCAACGGAACCGCAGCUAGGUCCAAUGCGACGAGCGUGAAACCUAAUGAAGACAGUUUCGCUGAUAUGAUCGAUCGAGCACUUGAGAAGGAGUUUCCGGAGAAUGACCAGAAUGAAGGCAACAAAUCUGUAGUAAUAUCUAAUAAGAAUGGAGCAAGAAGUCCGACAUUGUCUCCACUUCAUAUCUAA